AUGGCGCACAUAUUAAAGACACUCAACAGCUGGUUCUGGUGGGAGAAUAUCUGGAUGCCUGUCAAUGUUACAUGGGCACAUUUUGUAGACCGUGACGGACUUGUCUUUCCAAAACCACACCAAUUGUAUGCCACGAUACCGUAUGCUUUUGUAUUGCUGAUUAUCCGAUUCUUCAGUGAAAGAUAUGUUGCUAUACCUCUAGCAAAAGCCUUAGGUAUAAAGAAUGUAAGACGUGUGAAGCCACAGCCUAAUCCUGUUUUAGAGAGUUAUUUCCGGGAGUGCUCAAAACAUCCAUCCCAAUCAGAGAUUCAAGGCCUUGCCAAAAAGUGCAACUGUACAGUCCGUUUGGUGGAAAAGUGGUUUAGGAGACGGCGAAACCUUGAGAUCCCGACGGUUCUUCGGAAAUUCCAGGAAGCUUUUUGGCGAUUUUCAUUCUAUCUUAUAUCCUCCAUUGCUGGAUUUAUAUUUCUGUAUGAUAAACCAUGGUUUUACGACAUAUGGCAGACGUGGGUUGGCUAUCCAUUUCAGACUCUGCUGCCAUCCCAAUAUUGGUACUACAUGGCUGAGAUUAGUUUUUACUGGUCUCUCUUAUUUACACUCGGGAUUGACAACAAAAGGAAGGAUUUUCUGGCUCAUGUUGUUCAUCACUUGGCAGCCAUUGGGUUGAUGAGCGGCUCUUGGUGUGGCAAUUACGUGCGUCUUGGAACACUGGUGAUGUUUGUGCAUGAUACUGCAGAUUUCUGGCUCGAGGCAGCCAAAAUGUUUAAUUACGCUCACUGGGAGAAAACAUGCAAUAUGCUCUUUAUCAUCUUUUCUAUCGCAUUCUUCAUCACGAGAAUCAUCCUGUUCCCCUUCUGGAUUCUUCGUGCCACCUUGUAUCAGCCGACAUACUACUCCACCACUCCUGUCAUAGCAUAUUUUUUAUUCAAUGGGCAGCUAUUGAUCCUUCAAGGCUUGCAUUUAUAUUGGGGUUACUUAAUUUUCAAGAUUUUGAGAAGGUUCAUUUUCUUAAAGGACUUGAAAGAUGACCGGAGUGAUGAAGAGGAGGAAGAUUCUGUUACAGAUAAUGAAGAGGAGUCCACAAAGAAUGGCAACAAGAACGGCUGUGGGUCAAGCAAACACCUCCUAAACAGCAGUCACCACUAG